CUUAUCCCGAGGUGUCUCAGCAAAAUAAGUUGGUAGAAUGCAAAAAUUGUCAUAUGUUCUUGAAAUCACUAGAGCUCUCUUGUGUUUCUGAUCGCUGCUUUGGUCGAGCUUUAAAUUUAUAAAGUUGAAGCGCACUCAAUAGUCAAUCCUAACAAGGCCAAGUAUAACCAAGCUAGGGAUGUUGAUGACUCGAUAUUUACACAUGUUUUUGUCCAUCAUUCUUAUACUGCUUGAGGCUCGGAUCUAGGGUUUUAAGCCGAUUUUACACAAGGUUGUUCUUGUUUAUGACAUUUCAGGUCCUAAUGCGUGAAUGAAGGUUUGAGAACGAGUUCGGAGUCGAUUGGGCGGAGUAGGGACGAGCGAUGGAGAGCAAACGAGUUGCACGGCCAGUCCGGGAAGAUGCACGGCCGUUCAUGGUGGCCGUGGAAGCGAAGAUGCGCGGCCAGGGUGUGCUGGAUCGUGCAUGACUUAUUUUCUGCUCGUGAUGAAUUCUGCGAGAAGCUGCACGACAAGGCUCUCGGAUUGCACGGGCAGCCAAGGAUGUUGUACGACCGUGCGGCCUGACCGUGUAAUCGCGGAUAGUUGCAUUUUAACCCAAUUUCGAGUUUUGGAGAGGAGAGCUAGGUUUUGGAUCCCAAACACCCAAGAGACGAACCCUAGAGAGAGCAACUUGGGAUCAUUCUUGGAGCUAUUUUGGAGGAUUUCUUCACCAUUGGAGCUUGGGAAUCAAGCUUGGAGAUGGAGAUUGAAGAUCUAGAUCAGAUUUCUGCAUUCUCUUUCUUCUCUAUGGAGUAACUUCCCUUCACUUAGGUUUUGAGGAACCCUAUCCAUGUUUGUUUGAUUGAAUGAUUAUAUGAGUACUCUUACUUGAUAAUCUUGAGUUCAUAUUCAAUCUAUGCAUGUUUUCAUGAUUCAAUUCUGCUUUAGUCGAGAUUAUGGAUUCUGCUCUGAUCCUAUGAGAGCGAAUACCUGAUUAAGUCAAUAGAGCACCAUAGAUUGAUAGUAUUCGAUUUAUUGCUUUAGUUGAGGUUCGAUUCACCGCUUUGUAUCGAUUGAGAAUCUCAUUCGAUAGAGGGAACCUAGUUCACAACGCCUUGAUCAGUUGUUCUAGAGAAGGAUACGUCCCUCUAGGCAAUUGACUCAAGAGGCGGGCAUGAGUGAGGAGAUGCAAGCUAAUCUUAUUAAAAAGAUUGCAUGGAGACUUGCUCUCCUAUCCGUGCUAGAAAAAGAAGAGCAAGAACGGAUGAGGAAAGAAGUUGUGGAGAAUGAUGGAGGUAAAUCAGAGGAAUUUCUUGAUCUUUUCCAAGGGGAGGAAUCAAAUAAUAAGGACAAAAGGGGAUUUGAAGAUGCAAUAGGCGUUCAGACGGAGGAUGAAGUUGAGGUGGAAGAGGCUUGCACCAGCCAUGAGUUACAAGUGAUAUCUCCACCAAACUUCGAGAAGCUACUUGGAAAGGACCCAUUUGCAGUGUCUCUUUGCCAGACCAAGGCCACAUAGACAUCGGUCCCUCUUGGUGGACGUGAUGGUGGUCAGUCGAUGCUGUCACAUCUGGUUUGGGGAAUGAGACAAGAGAGGAAGAAAAAAAGAGGUCUCGCAGGUGGAGACUUUAUAUUCAUCAAGUAAAUGAGCCUAAAUCACCUGUCAUACCAAAUGCUCGUGACUUGAGACUCCGCCUCAUCGACGAGAACCUCAAAUUCAAGGAGGUUCUAGCAUGGACCGAAACUUAAGAGCCAUCGUCCGGUUCACGACGUGAAAGAAGCACUUGUUAGGAGGCAACCCAACUAGUCGGUUUGUACAUUCUUUCCCUAUUUCUCUUCGGUUGAGUCAGUUUGUCUUUUGAUUUUAGAGUCAAUAACUCAACCUUUGUGAG